AUUGUUGUCAUGUGACGGUAUCAAGGUACUCAGUCACAUGAUUCAAUAAAUGGUAGACACAAUGUUUGACAGAUCAGUUAAAAUUAAAGUUGCAAUAAUUUUCUUGCAUUUCGCAUCAUGUUUGGCUGUGGACAGUCUAAGGUUCCUUGUGAUGGGGGAUUGGGGAGGAUUACCAACCGUCCCAUACACAACUUCUAUCGAGACAGGGACUGCAAAGGCCAUGGGUGCCCUAACCUCUACUUACGGAACACAGUUUAAUUUAGCACUAGGUGACAAUUUCUACUUCGAUGGAGUGAAAACAGUCACUGAUGCAAGAUUCAAGGUACAAUUAACUGAUGCAAGAUUCAAGGAAACAUUUGACAAAGUAUUUACCGACCCGUCAUUACAGAAGACACCAUUUUACCUUGUGGCUGGUAAUCAUGAUCAUAACGGCAAUGUUUCAGCACAAAUAGCUUAUUCUAAAGUUGAGGACAGAUGGAAUUUUCCUGAUUAUUAUUACAAGUUAAAUUUCCCUAUCCCAGGCAGCCAGAUGUCUGUAGAUAUUAUCAUGAUCGACACUGUUCUUCUCUGUGGUAAUAGUGAUCAUGAUUUUCUUGUAAAACAACCCAAGGGACCAGCCAAUCAGAAGGUUGCUGAUGAUCAGCUGACUUGGAUAGAAAAACAAAUACAGACAAGCAAUGCCUCAUACCUUUUGGUUGCUGGACACUACCCUGUGUAUUCCAUAGCAGAGCAUGGUCCAACUGAUUGUCUUAUAGAUAAACUACUACCAACUUUACAGAAAUAUAAAAUCACUGCAUAUCUCAGUGGACAUGACCAUAACUUACAGCAUCUGUUGGUUACACGGCCUGGGUUGAAGAUGAACUUCUUUGUAAGUGGUGGAGCUAAUUUUGCAGAUAAAAGUAACAAACAUAAAAACGAGGUUCCUGACAAGUCAUCUAAGUUUUUCUGGGCAGAAGAAUCACAGCAUGGAGGAUUUGCCUAUGUGGAGGCUCUCGCCACUAAUAUGACAUGGACAUUUGUCAACGGAAAAAGUGAAAAUCUAUACCAGUAUGUUUUAUAUCCUAGGUCAUAGGUUAUGAAUUCAUGAUAAAUUGGGUCAUGACUUCUUGGCUAGCCUGUUGGGUUAUGACUUUUAUAUAAUAUUUUGAGCUACUGGUAUGACUUUUUUAUACUAAUAUGUGCCAUUAACCAUGACAAAGAUUUAUUUUAAUUAACACCAAAAAAUUGGUUUCCUACCUAAUCAAGCAUUAUUUUUAUAUAUUAUAUAUUUACAUUUUUAAUAAUUACAUUGUUGACUUUUUCAACAUGUUAUUUUGAAAUAAACUGCUGAUUACUGUGAGUGAGUUUUAAUUUAAUUUUUUAAUAUUUUUUUUAUGAAUACAAUGGAUUUUAUUACAAGAAAAGAAUAUUUUUCACACUUUUUAUAAUCACUUUUUUUAACAGUUUUAUAUUUAACUUCAAACUUUAAAUAAAAUUUUUAUAAUCUUUUAGAGAAAGUUUGUUCAAUGAUGCUAAGAUAAAAAAUAAAAUGGGGAGCGAUGAUUUUUUAGUAUUCUUUUAAAGCAGGAAUUAAUUGGGAAAAGAAAGAAAAAAGGACACCUACUGUCUGUUACAAGUAACCUCAUUUGAGGUAAUAUUAUUCUUACUGUAAUUUAUUUCUGAAUAAAAUUGUCUCAUUUACAUGUAGAUUCUAUUAAGAGUUGAAAACACUAUUCUGUAUCUAUCAAUGUAGAAAAAUGAUUACAGGGUAAUCUUAGUUGCUUUUAUUUAAUAAUUUUUAGUUGUUGUCAAAUUUAGAUCAUUCACUCAAUAGGUCAGAGAUCAUUUCUAGUCUUAUAGCAUGUUAGUCAUUCAAAUCUAGUCAUUUGAUAAUACAUUGGGACAUGGAACAGUUUUAUAUUUAUAUAGUUUAAUUUUAUUUUAUAAGAAAUAGUAAAGUCUGUGUAUGUUGCUCAAAUCUUAUAUAUUUAUUUAUUACUGAAUGUUUUAUUGUCUUUCAUGUUUCUGUUACAAACAUGUUGAGUUUCCAAACUAAUUCCAUUUGAUAAUGUUGUAAUAUCAGUACCCAUGUAUUCAUGCUCUAGUGAUUGAGAAAUGUUUGUAUUGAUUUUAUGUUUUCUUUUGCAUUACCUCCCUUUCAGUUCAGUUCCAAAUAUGAUACAAUGAUAUAUAGUUAUUUCCUUUCAUACGAAGUACAACUCGUUAUGAAAUUCAAUGUUGAAAGGCAUUUUUUUUCUGUAUAGUUGGAAUAAACUUUGGUCGAUAUAAAUGCGAAAUAAACUAUUAACAAAAAUACCAAACUUCAAUAAAUUACAAAAAAAAGGGGAGUUAAUAAAAACCUUGAUAAACCAAAUGCUCAAAGUUUAUACAUAGUUUGUUUUAGACAUGUUUGACUGUAGGAGACUGUGAUUGUCGUACUCUGUGAUACUUAAUUACAUUCAUUUUAUUACUGUUGAUCAUAUCUAACUGUCUUUCAUUGAAAUAAAGUUAUCAUUCUUUAUAAUAUA